AUGUCACAAAGAUCCCAUGGUGAAACCGGCGGAGGCCAAAGGCUGUUUGUCCCGACUCAUAAGCCCAUGAAUUCUAUGGAUUUGGCCAGACAAUAUGAAAUGGAUAUGCAUAACAUCACUAAAUACUUAUUCAAAGAAGUUGAUGCGCAAGGGUACAAAUUAGAAUCAUUUGUAUCUUAUGUAAGAAUAAUUGAAGAUUCAAGGUCUCCAAGUUCCAGACCUCCAGCCAACAGUCCAUUGUCAAAUAAAAAAAAUAGAUUCUUGAUUCUCUCAGCUAAAGCAUCUGGUAGAAUGAGAUUGCACAAGGCUAAAGAGUCAUCAUCAGGGGUCAUACAAAUUGGGAGAUCCUGGGAUUUUGACGAAUUGACAACAUUAGAGCUAGAUGAUGGCUCACCAACUGGAUUUGUUUGUGAGAUGGGUAAAAGGUAUUAUUGGGAGGUUCAUACACCUAAGGAGAGAAGAGUCUGGUGUACAACUCUACUUCAAAACUUCAUUAACUAUACCAAAGGUAACAUACCUAGACUAGUUAACUGCUCCAUUCAAUAUUUCCACCUUGAAGCGUUGUACGACUCAUACAGAGGACAAGGGUCGUCUAUGUAUACUGGAUCAGGAAAUAUUCCUGCUUCACCACUUUCAAAUCAAAAUGCGAUGAGCUCUCCUGUUAAAACUUCAGUUAAAUCAUCACUUCGAUCACCACUUAGAUCACCAAUUAAAUCACCUAUUAAAUCACCAACAAAAUCGCAUACUAAUAUACAAAGGUCACCAAUAAAAUCUUCUUCACCUGAAGUAUCCUCACUGAAACAAAGACUGGCUACUCCUCCAUUAAGUAAUUCACCCUACUCUCCGUUGGGUAAUACCAGGACGAAUUUAGGUACAGCGGUGGCUGGAAAUGCCAACAACGCUUUUGGAUUGGGAGUUGGCAUUUCUCCAGUUAGCAAGAGCUCUGAAGUCAGUUCGGACCAUCAGGAUGCUGAACGAGAAGCAAAGAAAAUUGCUGAAAUAAACAAAAGGAGACAACAAGAGAUUGAGAAAAGGAAAAGGGAGGAACUAGAAAGAAGGAGAAGAGAGCAAGAAGAAUUUGAAAAAAACGAAAGAGAGCAAAAUGAGCUUAGAAUCGCUGAAGAGAUAGAGGAAAGGAAGCAAAAAGAAGAACAGAAACGUCUUCAAGAAAUGGAAAAAGAGAGGGAAGUGCAGAGGAUUAAACAAGAAGAACUGGAGAUAGAGAGGCAAAAGCAACAGAGAAUUGAUGAAGAGAAAAGACUGAAGGAGAUGGAAAUAGCAAAGAAAAAAGCACAGAAGCAACAUCAUCAACAGGAAUUACUGAGAAACGAAAUUAAACCUCCCGGGUUUGCUGGAAUAGCCAAAAGAGGACCACCAUCCGAAGCUUUAUCCAAUGCUCCAAGCCAAAUGAGUUUUGAAUAUGGAGACGAAUCUCAAUACCACCAUCAGAACGUGUCUACCGAAAGUGCAAAUACUAUUGGUGUCGAUAGCUUUAUUGAAGGCUAUGGUAGUAGUGGCGACGCAGAAGAAGAAACUGCACCAUUAAACAUUGGAAUCGCCCAAGUAAAACAGAAUAAAGAUAACAAGAUGGUUCCUUCAAAUCUAAGUAAGCCUGUGAUAACAGAAACCAUUGAAGAAUCUGAUUCUGAUAGGAGCUUGAAAAUAGCUACUGAUAGUGACAUUGAAAAAUUGAUAAAAAACGUUGAUGGAUCACCAAUGGAUAAAAAGAAAGUUAUCGAUACAGAGCAGCUUCAUGAAAAUAGAAUAAGAGCCUUCUCUCGGGUGAAGGAAAACGCAACAAACAAACUGGACUUAUUGGAGGUUUUGGAGGAGCUUGGUUACGAUCCACUCUUUGAUGACUCUGAAUCAUUGGAGAAGAAGAUACUAAAGAAACUAGAUGAAAUACAGUACUCAAAGAUAAAAACUUUGACAGAUGUAACAAGUGCCACAAAUGCCUUAAAGGAAACAAUUUCCACAGCUUUCAAAAGCUGUGAUGUUAUAGAUCCAGUUUUGUCGUUAUUCAGCGUAGAAUUGUCUACUUUCAAAGAUGAUGUUCAUUACAUUGAAGAGCAGGGCCAGGGCUUACAAGUUGAAGCAACUAACGAAAAGCUUUUGAUGAACGAAGUUAAUGACCUUAUACACUCUGUUGAAAUUUCUGAUUCCAAAUUGCAGAAACUAUUAACUUCAAAAAUAGUGUUGAGUGAGAAUAAUUCUGAAUUUGAGGAUAUCUUAUUAGAGCUUUACAAUGCAUUGAAAAAGAUGAAUGAUGCUAGCAGUGAUGAUCCAAUGAGUGCCAAUUACCAGCUAUCACAGAUGAAGGCAUUGCAGGAAAAGAAGAACGUUUUUGAAGGUUCCAAGAAUAAAUUCGUUUCUAAUUUUACCAGAAUUUCAGAGAAACUUUUUAAAUCAGUUUCUAUGAGUUUAACUACAAGAUUGCAACAAGUAACCCCUGAAACCUUUGAAACAAACUUUUUGCAAACCUCCUUCAUGGAGAAAUCAAGUUUAUUAAUAACUAUCAGUGGCUUUAUUGCCUUUGUAAAGAGUGUCUCAAAUGAUGGUUAUGACUCUAUUGUUAAUUCUUUUGUUGUUGCUUUCGAGCCAUUUUUCGAAAAUAUGGCGACUAUUUUGCUACAGCACCUAACUUCAGUCGCAUCUUCCAAACUGGAAGAGCCUUUUUCCUUCACUUUGAACCCUUCUCAAUUGAUUGACCAAGAGUAUAUCAAUUCUAGAGCCAAAAAAGAUUCUGCUAAGACUUUAUUCAAUCGUAACAACAAAUUGUCUACUGAAGCCAGCACCAUUUCAUCAAAUGUAGAGACGUUUUUUUCACAGUUAGUUAAUAUUAUGUCAAUUGAACAAGAGCUCAUUAGGGUACUGUUUGGAUUUUCAUCUUCAUCAGACUGUCUGUUUGAGAACCUUGUUAAAGUAAAACUAUCACAGAGAUGCCAAAAAUUCCGCAACACUUCUAAUUUCCUCAAGGCUCCAAUAGAAAGUGAUAGACGUGUCGGGGAUGAAAUCUACGAACUCAUGAAAGGUAUAUUUGAUCCUGUAUUCGGAGCAGUAUUGAAAGUGAUUUUCAGUUUAUCCAAAAAUCAUAUGUUGGAAAUCCCUGCUAUUUUAUCUAUUCUGAAAACGUACUCACAGUCUUUAGCACCGACUUGUCAUGAAUACGCUUAUGGAAACUUUACAAAAUUCGAAGCCAGAAUAAAUACAAUCUGGACUAAAGAGAUUGAUCAGCAAAUUCAGAAUAUUGUUCACACAAAAGUUCAUUGCAAAGUGGCCAAUUUUGUCAAAGCAUAUCCCGUAUUUUACAGAAGGGUCAAUAAUUUUAUUGAUUCAUUGAAUCUCGUUAACAUGACAUCUUUUGGCCCCGAUGAGGGCUGGUAUGGAAACUAUUACAUGGUUUGGGCCAUCAUAAAAGCAGCAUUGAAUAAGGGAGUGGAGCAGCUUCAAAUUGAAAUACCUGUUUUUGAAGGCAUAGAAAACGAUGAAAUUGACAUUGAAACUUUAACACAAAAGCAUUUAGCAUUAUUAUUGAACUAUAAAUGGCUGGUUGAAGAAACAAGAUCCUUGAAUGGGUUCCCCAAGGAGUUGAAUAAAUCAAUUGACGAUCUGAGAGACAAAGAGCUACGCGAGUUCACUGGUUCUUUCAUUAGACAAUUCAGAAUUGGCGGUGUUAUCCGAUUAGUUGAAGGAAUGGAAAGUGUACUAAGCGAACAUAGUAAUCCAGCCAACAUGAACAGUUACUCGAUAGAAACGAUCAAGGAAUUGAUGUCUUCUUUUAAAGGUGACAACUUCAAGCAAGAAAUUUCCAGCAUUGCUGAGCAUUUGAAGGAAACUUUGAAGGGUCGUUGUUACAAUGAAAGCGAUCCAACAGAAGAUAGUGAAUAUAGUGUUGCAAUUGGAAAACAAAUAGAGAAGGAACUCUACAAUAACUGCAUGUACACGAUUUCUCAGCAUUUCAUCAGUAUCUUUACCAGGCUUUCAAAUAUAGUUGAAAAGCAUUACAUUAAUUUUGAAGUGCCUGUGGACAAAUAUAUCAUCAACUUCAAUUUUAAGAAAUAUUACUCUGUUUAA